UUGUUAUCUUCUACUUGUACUUCAAAUUACUCGCAGAUUUUAUGUAGUUUCAUUCCUCAGUCCUUACGUUGUACGGCUUGUACCACUUCAGUUGGUCGGCGGCGUUAUCGUCCCACAUUUCUCCUCCUCUGCUCUGCAACUCAUCUGGUUUCAAUGUUUUAGGGCUUUAGUGGGCAUCAAUUUGUGGGUAAAAGAUGAGCAAAAGAAUGAUUGCCCUUGGUUUUGAAGGUUCAGCUAAUAAGAUUGGUGUUGGUGUUGUAACCCUAGAUGGAACCAUUUUAUCGAACCCUAGACACACCUACAUUACCCCUCCAGGACAUGGGUUUCUUCCCCGAGAAACCGCCCACCAUCACCUUGAACAUGUCCUGCCCCUUGUGAAAUCUGCUCUUACGACGGCUGGAAUAACCCCGGAUGAUAUUGACUGUCUGUGUUAUACCAAAGGCCCGGGAAUGGGUGCUCCCUUGCAAGUUUCCGCGGUUGUGGUAAGGGUUCUUUCACAGCUGUGGAAGAAGCCGAUUGUUGGUGUUAAUCACUGUGUUGCUCAUAUUGAGAUGGGGAGGAUUGUUACAGGAGCGGUUGAUCCUGUUGUGCUGUAUGUUAGUGGGGGUAAUACACAAGUGAUCGCGUAUAGUGAGGGGAGGUAUCGGAUUUUUGGGGAGACCAUUGAUAUUGCUGUUGGUAAUUGCUUGGAUCGCUUUGCUCGAGUUUUGACACUUUCAAAUGAUCCUAGUCCAGGAUAUAACAUUGAGCAGCUUGCUAAGAAAGGUGAAAAAUUCAUAGAUCUACCAUAUGCUGUAAAGGGAAUGGACGUUUCAUUUAGUGGCAUAUUGAGCUACAUCGAAACUACAGCUGAGGAGAAGCUUAAAAGCAAUGAAUGCACACCUGCUGACUUGUGCUACUCUCUGCAAGAAACUCUCUUCGCAAUGCUUGUUGAAAUAACAGAAAGAGCCAUGGCUCAUUGUGAUGCAAAAGAUGUUCUCAUUGUUGGGGGUGUUGGUUGUAAUGAGCGAUUGCAAGAGAUGAUGAGGAUAAUGUGUUCUGAGAGAGGUGGGCGGUUAUAUUCUACUGACGAUAGAUAUUGCAUUGACAAUGGAGCCAUGAUUGCAUACACUGGUCUUCUUGCUUAUGCUCAAGGAUUAUCUACCCCCCUCGAGGAAUCAACAUUUACACAAAGAUUUCGAACUGAUGAAGUACAUGCAGUUUGGAGGGAGAAAGAAUCCGUCAACAACAAUACAAACAGUUAGGAAAAAACUGCGUCUAUGUUAGGUACGCAGUGCUCUGAGGCAGUAGUUUUAUUGGUGGAUCAAUACUUUUCCUUUUCUUUUUCCUCUUUUUUUUUUUUUUUUUGUUUUUUUUUUUCCCACCAUUUUUUCCAUGGCAAACCAAUUGAACUUGUAAAGUGGAAAUCUCUUUAAAGUAGGAAGGGGAAUACACAAUUUAUUGUAAUGUUGGCAUAUGUAUAAUCAGAGAAAUAUUCAUUUAAUCUUGUUCUGAUUCA